GACAGUUCAAAAUAUUAUGAUGAUGAAUCAGUGAAAUGUGGUAAUUUCCAAUCACUUAUAGAGUUUCGUGUUGAGUCAGGUGAUUCUGUUCUCAAGGAACACUUUGCUACUUGUGGGAAGAAUGCUACCUUUCGCAGUCCUACAAUUCAGAAUGAACUUCUUGACAUUAUGGGACAGACAGUUGAACGCAAGUUAGUGAAUGAAAUAAAAACUGGUGGUAAAUUCUACUGUGUGUCUGCCGAUGAGGUACGUGACAAUGGUAACGUGGAACAGCUAGCCGUUUGUGUCAGGUUUAUAGACGAGUCUGACAAGAUCCGAGAAGAGUUUCUCCGGUUUGUAGAUGUCAGUCCAGUGGCGAGGCUCUCUCCCAAGCUAUCCUCGACGUGCUAACAGACGUUGGUCUAGACCCUUCCAUGAUGCAGUCACAGUGCUACGAUGGUGCCGGUAACAUGACGGGUAAGACAAAAGGUGUAGGUCCAAGAAUCCAGCAUCAGUACCCCAGAGCUCUUCCGUUUUGGUGCACGGCUCACCAGUUGAACCGCUGUGUAGUACAUGCUUCCAACAGCACACUCGUACGAUGAUGGGAACAGUUAACAGGAUUGCUUUAACUACUCGCCGAAAUGACAGACCUGUCUUGCUGAAUGUCGGGCUGCCAUGGAAGUCACCGAGUCCAAGCGCCAGAAGAUAAAGUCUCUCUGCCGUACACACUGGGUAGAACGACACGACGCCCUUGAGGUCUUUAUCGACUUUCUACCCGCCAUGGUUGAUGCAAUGUCUCAGUUAAUGGAGAAUGAAACAAAGUCUACAACGUCUGCUGAAAUCUCUGGGUUUUUGAUGGCGAUUACUGGUUUCCAGUUUAUCGCUGUCCUGGUGAUUGUGACCCGCUGUCUCACCUAUAUAAAACCCCUCACUGUUGCUCUUCAAGGUCGUUCGGUUGAUGUGGUCAAAGCCAUGUCUCAGGUAAGUGUGGUGCAGCAAGCUCUCCAAGAGGUCCGUGACAACAUCGACACCUACCAUAACACCUGGUUCCAAGAAGCUUCAACUAUCGCCGACAAUCUUGGUGUUCAGCCAUCUCAACCCAGACUGUGUGGUCGUCGGACUAAGCGUGACAACAUCGAAGCAGCAACACCCGAAUUGUACUACAAAAGAAACCCAACGAUUCCCUUUGUUGACACUUUUGUGAAUGAAAUGGACACCCGAUUCAGUGAUUUGCAGACUAAGGCAGCCAUGGGAUUGAAGCUUAUACCUGAACAAAUGUGCGCCUCUCCUGUCAGUGCUAGUGACCUUGAAUGGUUCAUUGAUGAUCUCCCUUCCCCUCAGUCCCUGCCUGCUGAGUUGCACUUAUGGCAGGCUAGAUGGAAAGGUGUUACCAACCCACCUACUACCCUUCAGGGGGCUGUUGAACAGUGUGAUUCACAGCUGUACCCCAACAUUUACACUGUUUUGUCUAUCGCAUGUGUGUUCCCUGUCACAUCAUGUGAGUGUGAAAGGAGUAUCAGUGCCCUAGGACUUGUAAAGACAAAACUGAGAUCUUCAAUGGGUCAGGACAGGUUGUCCGCUUUGUGCCUGCUUUCUAUUCAUAGGGACAUUGACAUUAACAUUUGCAAUGUUGUCCGAGAGUUUGCUCGGAAGCAUCCUAGGCGGAUGGAUCUUCCUGACAUCCUGUUUGAGUUGUAAACAUUUGUUGAAUAGUGGUAUAAUCACUUCAGCAUUAGUAUUGUAUUUUUUUGCUUUUAUAAUGAUAUUUUAUUCUUCAUUCAUCAUUGUUGUAUUUGUUGCUUUUAUUGUGUACAAUUUGCUGAUCAGUUCCCUUUAAAUCUGAUUUGAGGUGAUAAUUUCCUUUAAGCCCUUUUUAUUUUAUGGCCCUUUUUUACACCUUUUCUUUUUAUGGUAGGUUAGGCCCCUUCCUUGGGUCAAGAUCAGCAAUCUUUUACACAGCUUUUAAUUGUGAAUGUAUAGUACUGAUAUUAUAUUUCUGCUUACAUUUUAAUAAUGUGCUAUAAAAAUACUGCUUUGGUUAUGCUUUUAGUGUGUUUUAUUAUUAUAAUAUUUCUUAUGUAUGCCAUGUAUUUAUGAUGUGUUGAAAUUUGCUACUGUUUGAUUAUAGGUCGGUCAAAAGCUUUACAUAGCUUAUGUUAUAUCAUGUUAUUUCAUACCGACAAUAAAUAAAUUUUGAUUUGAUUUGAUGUGUAAGAUUUUUUUGUAUUGUUUUUGUUACAAAAUGAAUAACAUUUGAUAGAACUUGAAAUAAAGAGUGUUGC